AUGAGUUUUCACCUAGAAAAGCAGAAAUUGACUUGUGGAAACCUCAGUCGAUCUACUCGGCUGCUUGCUGCCGAUGAGAAAAGCGGAAAACUCGCUGUUUUGCGGAAACCAAAGUAUGCGUCCAUAAUGAAAUCCAUAAUUCGAAUACUUUUAAGAAGUUCCGAAGCACACGACUACGUAGAGUUUUAUAGCUUUCUCAGUGGAUGGUUAGCUUUCCCAGAAUUGACAGUUUGCCCCGAAAAUGGUUCGAUCGAACACAUGAUGUUUAUCGAAAAUGGUGAAUUGAUGACUUCUCAUGCAAAUGGAUCUGUUUGCUUCAUCGAUCCUCACAACAAUAUGAGAGUCAAGCGCGUGCAAGUUUCCGCCUCGACGAUCUGGUCUGCCUGCAAACAUCCAAGUAGUGAUAAAAGCAAGUCAACAGUCGCUCUAAUAUCGCAUUCUUCUGUGCUUUAUUUCUUUGACAUCAAUGCGAAGAUUAUAAUAUCGUCUAUUUCUCUCGGAGUUGAGAGUAGACUCUUCGAUUUAUCAAGCAGUGGAAAAUUAGUUGCUAUCGGAUCAAUCGAUGGAAUAAUCUUGGCUGGAAAUGGGAAAGUUCAGCAAACUCUGAAGCUGGAUCGUCAAAACCGACGAGACCCAACCGUUGCUUGGACUGUGCUAUUCAUAAAGCCAUCUCUGUUAGCAUGUGGAGAUUCGCGAGGAACCAUCACGUUCUGGAAUCCAGAUGUAGGAACAUUGAUUCAAUCCGUUUCCUGCAUGCAAUCUCACAUUCUGACAUUGUGUUGGACAAAUGAAAUUCUAUAUGCUGCGGGAGUGGACCCUCGUAUUAUAGCUAUGAAGGAAGUUACAUGCGAAACCUACGAGGUUGUCAACCGCCAAAUCGGGCCGUCGAAAGAUGUGCGCUCACUUGUAGCAUACGAAAAUAAGGUUAGUUUCUUCAAAAUUUCCAGACUUUAUUCUUUGUAGAUUUUUUCCGCCGGCGAAGAUCAUGAUAUUUACGUUUGCGAAAAAUUCUGUCGCAAGCUUCAAGUUCAGCAACAGAAAAAUAUCAUUGUGGCGGCUGAUGUGGUGGCAAGCGCAGGGGAAAAUUAUAUUGACAUUUGGUGGAAGCAACACGGCGAAGACAUGCCUUUUGAAGGAUCUCAUGUUCUCCAUCAACAUUAUGAGAUGAUCCAUUUGGCUAAGAUCUAUGCUCCCAGCAAAAGGAUAAUCACAAGCUGGUAUGGUUUAUGCGUCACCGCGUCUCAUUUUCUAUGGGUCUAGAAAACUCGAGAGCUCCCCGAAUUGAAACUGGCUCGAAAUGGAACAUGCCCGAAAUGGAAUUGCCCGAAAUGGAACUUCCACGCUAUUUUCUGUGGGAGAUCCAUUUCGGGCAAUUCCAUUUCGGUACAGUUCCAUUUCGGGCCAGUUCCAUUUCGGGGUGCUCUCGAAAACUCCACGUCCGCGGCCUCACUUCGCCCAUUGGACUGUGAUUUUUUUUUCGAAAAAUAGACAGAAAUUCAAAUGAUACUGUCGCCGAAUUAUUUUUCUAAGUUGAAAACUUGGGCCCGCUGCGCGGGUCGAGCUGGCAAACAGGGAUGCAGAUCAGGCGCCUGUUUUGCCAAAUCUUCACGUCAAAAUUGCAAAACAGGCGCUUGUUCUGCAUCCCUAGACAAACAAACAUGAAGAGUUAUAUUAAUAAGAAAAAUUUUCGGAGAUGACUUUUGCGCGAGUGUGAUAAAAGGGUGGAAAACCGAAAUCGCGUAUUCUAAAAACGCGGAUGCCAAGCGGUCGUAAAAUAAACAUUAGCGCAUGCGCCUUUUAAUAUAAAAUUGUGAGCGCGCUGGUUACUAAUCCCAUUAUUUUUAUAAAUAACAUUUCCGUUUCAGGAUGUUAUCCUCUUGUGGCGAACGUCUUGUGAUCGGAACGAGCUCGGAAACGACAUUGUAUAAGAUUGCUCCGACUGCCUCGAAAUUAAACAAGAAAAUUGUGAAGUUCGGAACUUUUCAUGUCGCUGCAACAGCUUUUCAUGUGACCGGAGAACGUUUUUUUGCGGCCAGAGGCGAUUUUGAAGUUGUGGAGCUCCUUGUAACCGAGUCAAGCAAACAAAUGAAAUCUCUCGUAAAUCAAUGUGAGUCGGGAAAAGAGAAUCAAGAGAACGCGGCAUUUCAGUAAAAAUUGUUUUCAUACGACAUUUUGACGUACUUCUUGUUGGGGGACGCAAGGAAAGGGUGACGUUUGCCGAAAUUUCUCCCCUACGCGCGCAUAUCUGUGGUUACAAAGUGAAGUAUUAUAGGGGCACCGCGGUGCCGGUGCACCGGGCAGAAAGGGCGCGCUGUUCGCAAUCUGGCAGAAUUUCUAGGCCGCGAAGUAAUUUUCCGCUGAAAACGUGGCCUAACUUUUCAAACUCGGCCCCGAGGUCGCUCAAUUUGCACUGCAAAAAGAGUUUCUCAACAGAGCGCUAUUUCUGUGCGGUGCCCUUAUAAUAUCAUCCUUCUUAUUUAAUAAAAAGCUAACUGAGUCUGUCCAUUUCUUUCUUUUACACGCGUAUAAUUUGAAGGUUUACUGUUUAAGAGAGGGGGAAUCCGUUUUUGGAGUGAGAUUUGGAAUUUUCAGCAAUGACCCAAAUUUUUUGAUUUACGAACUCUGAGAACCGCAACGCGCUGUAAGCCGAUACAAUUAAAUCAAUUUUACAGCUGAAUGCGGUGCCGCUGUGAAGAUGAUCGUUUCUCCGUGUGGAAUUCACAUCAUCAUUCUCACGACAAGGUCGCAAUUGUUUUCCAUAAAUUCAGAGACGGGCGAAUCACGCCUUGUCAAAAUCGACAUGUCAAUCGAUAUCACGUGCAAUUUUACGUCCUUAUUUGUAUUGACUGCGGCAUCAGGAUUUUCGGAAAGCACAGAUUCAAAAAAAGUACUUUAUGAAGUAGGAUUGUCGAAUGGUAUCAUAAAGCGAUCAACUUUCUUGAAUCAAUUGCGAAUGGCGUCAACCACACAGAACCGUGUAUACCCAGAAUUACCGAUUUCAUUGAUGGAUGUGGGCCACGGCCAACUUAUGGUAACCUCUUACGGUGGAGGUUGGUCAAUUGUAGAUACGGUAGGUUUUGUAACACGAUAUCAAUUCUUCGGCAAAUUCAAUAACUUUAGACUUUAAAUGGAGUUGCUUAUACAAUGAAUAAACCUCUGACGAACGAGAAUGCUGGAGUUUGCGUUGUAAGCGCUCGAGCUCAAAAAAAAUCAAACGGUGUUCGCAUAAUACAGCUCGAAGUUACUGGAGAAGCUCUACCAAAGGCUUGCGGAUUCAAACUGAAGAAAUUCGGCAUGCAGUGA